AUGAGAAACGACCACGAAGACUUCAACGCCCUCUAUCCAGAUCCCAUGCACGGCAACGCCUUCCCCAACGGCCCCAUGGACAGCAUGGGCCUCUCCCCAGAUGCAGCCUACGGCUAUCCCAGGACAACCCAGGAGUGCUUCCCGACCACAAUGAACUUCGAUCCCAACGGUCUCUACGCCGAAGUCCCAUACAUGUUCAACGGCGGUCACAUGUCGCCGCACGCGCAACCAGAGGAAGCCGAUCCCAGGGGUGCCGCUUCUCUUUCCACAGCCUCCCUGCCGUCGGCAGCAUCAUCAGCAGUCGGCUCUCCCCGAUCCAUUCACGGACAGCCGACUGGCGUGCCUGAGUGGCCAGGUCCUCAAGGUCUCGGUGUCGUCAGCCCUGGCAUCGUCGGCCACGGCGACUACUUCCCCGGAGCCGACUACUCCUUCGCCGGCCCCAGCAUGGAUGACUUCACGGCCUUUGACUUCACGGCCAAGGCCGGUUUUGUUGACCCCUCCAUACUUCACCCUGACGUGCGGCCAAUGGGAAUGUCCGCCUUCGAGCCCACAUAUCCACAGCCCCCCAACUCGGGCUAUCCUGCGUCGCCAGCGAUGACAGGAACUGCUUCACCUCAGCUGAGAAAUGGAUCCUCCUCACCUCCCUUCUCCCACAACAACUUUCACCAGUACAGCCCAUUUCCUGUCCCCAUGGAUCAAGGUCGGCGCCCGAGCAUGGGCUCGUUCCAUUCGAGCUACUCAAUGGAGCAGAACAUCUCAGGCGACGAGUCCAAGGAGAAGCAGCGAUGCCCUCAUCCCGAGUGUGGUAAGGUGUUCAAGGAUCUGAAGGCGCAUAUGCUCACGCACCAAACGGAGCGGCCGGAGAAGUGCCCUAUCCAGACCUGCGAAUACCACACCAAGGGAUUCGCGCGCAAGUAUGACAAGAACCGUCACACUCUGACCCAUUACAAGGGCACCAUGGUGUGCGGUUUCUGCCCUGGUUCUGGUUCGGCUGCCGAGAAGUCGUUCAACCGCGCAGAUGUGUUCAAGCGCCAUCUGACGGCUGUCCACGGCGUCGAGCAGACCCCGCCCAACAGCAGGCGGAAGACACAGACCGCCAGCGCCAAUGGCAAGAAGCUCACCGGAUACGCGCCGGAUGCCACUGGAAAGUGCAGCACUUGCUCAGCCACCUUCUCCAAUGCUCAAGACUUCUACGAGCACUUGGACGACUGUGUUCUCCGCAUCGUCCAGCAAGAAGACCCGGCUGAGGCGGUCAACGCCAAGCGCCUCGCCGAGGUGGAGAACGACCGCGAAGUUGUUGCGACCCUGGAGAAGAACCAGCUGCCGACGACCACCCAGGUCACCUCCACAUCUGAGGAUGAGGAGGACGAGGAGAUGGACGAGGACGAGGACGAUGACAAGAGCGGUGUCAAGUCCUCCACCUCGCCCGGCAAGAAGAGCAAGGGCAACCCGGCCAACGGAGUGCAGAAGUCGCGAGGCAUGACGCACUCGCGCGGCGGCGUCCCUCUCGUCGGCAAGACCCGUGGCCGCAAGAACAGGCGCGACUACCCGUCGUCGUGGGGCUUUGACAAGGGCCAGAUGACAAUGAAGAAGCGCGUCAUGGCUGUCUUUGACGGCCAGCGCCGCCUGGCCAAGGACGACCUCAUGCUCUCGACCGACCAUGAAGUCCGUGUCAAGCUCAGCGACGGCAAGGCAUACGUCACCGACCUGGACGUUCAGACGAUGAAGCGCGCCGAGGGCUUCCUUGGUGCUACCGAGGAGGAGAAGGGCAUCUGGAUCUCGGAUGACCCGACCGAGGAGCAGCUGCUCCAGAUGGCUGCCGCCAUGCAGCAAUAA